AGAUUCAAAACAGUAAAUAGGUACGCAAACACAACUACAAGAUGGUAGCUAUUAAAAAUCAAUAUGUACCUCGAGUGAAUCAGAUUGAUGUUAUCGCCCUAAAUACUGAUAUAACCCGUUUGAUUAGAGAAAACAUCUUGGAAAAUUUGCAAGCGGUUUUCCCAAAUUUAUCUUCCAAAAUUCAACCGGAAUUGGACCUUAUUGUGCAAACUGCUAUUUGGAUCGGUUCGAUUGGAAAAUGUUCUUCAACAUUUGGUCAGCAACUUUUAGUUUUGUCUUACGAUCCUGAGCGCUUGACUCUGUCUAAACUGGCUUUACACUUUUGUUUGACCAUUUUACCCAGUUAUAUAAAAAGCAUUGAAGAACGACGAUUGGGCGCCAAUUUUAAUUGGUUACGUAAUGUAAUUGAGUGGGGAGAAAGCACUGUUUUGACUUUGUCGAUAUUUAAUUUUUUCCGUUUUCUGAAAACUGGACGAAAACCCACUCUAGUUGAUUUCUUAUUGGGCUUGGAUUACAUCAGUUUGAGACACAACCAACGUAGAGAAAUCGGGUAUAAAUAUUUAACUCGUGAAUUACUAUGGGGCGGCUUUAUGGAAAUUUUGGGAUUGCUGUUGCCUCUCAUAAAUUUUCGUAAGUUACAACGUCAGAUGAAUGUUCUAUUUAAGCGACGACAGAAAACCGAUUCUAUUAGAUCAAACUUCGUAGGAGAUAUAAAGCCUAAGGUGUUACCUACAACAACUUGCGCUUAUUGCGACGAACGACCUACUUUACCUCAUUAUAUGGGUUGUCAGCACGUCUAUUGUUAUUACUGUUUAGCAGCCAACAUUUGCACUGAUUCAAAAUUCUGUUGUGUUAAAUGUGAUAAGAAUGAAUCGUGCGAUCGUUUCAGGAUGUUAUGAUUGGCAAAUUGAAAUUUUGCUCUCUUAUGAAUUAUAAGGUGGCAACUGUGAUAUUCUGG